CGCUCAGUUUAAUCUCAAGGUUGGGGUUGGGUAAUUUUUGCACGUUUCGUGGUGAGUUUACCGAUCCGUAGUUAUCUUGUUUAUAGUUGUACAGCUUCCUAAAGCUUUCAAACUCGCAACUUAUUUUUUCUUAACAUCGAAAUAUUCUGCAAGCAUAUUCGGUUUAUCAUCUGUUUUCACUGUAAAGAUACUCUUUAUCUUUGUUCAUACUUUCUACAGCUCUUAAAAAUAUACUACAUCCUAAGUUCGAUUUGUCUCGUACAUAAAUCCAAUCUACUUUCUCAUUUCCAUCCCAUAUGGCCCUGUAUUUGAUUAUUUCUUCGCUGCACACGACCUAGUGUCACUGCUCACAAGAUUGUUAGCUGUGAUAGAUACUUUAUUCCUUCUACAUCCCAUGCUCAAUAAUUUUUUUAUUCUAAUAGUACAUCUAAGUUAGAAAUCUAUAUUGUACUCUGAAUGGAUGAAUUCGAAGAGUACAGAAAUCCUCUUACAAAGAGAUAUGCAAGCCGUGAAAUGGUUUGCAAUUUCGGUGAAAAACGGAAAGUAGUCAUUUGGCGACAAUUGUGGAUAUGGCUAGCUGAAGCACAGAAAGAACUUGGGUUCGAUAUCUCAGAUGAACAGAUUAAUGAAAUGAAAAUGCAGAGAGAUUCAAUCAAUUUCGAGAUUGCUGCAGCUGUAGAAAAGGCUCGAAGACAUGACGUGAUGGCUCACGUACACACUUUCGCGUUAGCUUGUCCAAUCGCUGCACCAAUUAUUCACCUCGGUGCAACAUCGUGUUUCGUUGGUGAUAAUGCCGAUUUAAUUAUGUUCAAGGAUGGUUUAAGUAUACUGUUACCAAAGGUUGCUAAAUGUAUUGACAGGUUAGCUAAAAUAGCUAUGUCGCACAAAAGUUUAAUAUGUCUCGCUCGCACCCAUCUACAGUCUGCUCAACCUACUACGAUGGGCCGUAGGAUAUGUAUGUGGAUACAAGAUUUAUUACUGGAUUUGGAGAAUCUUGAAAGGUUGAAGAACCACACAAUUCGUUUUCGUGGUGUUAAAGGUGCAGUAGGAACUCAAGCAUCUUUUCUAGAUUUAUUUCAAGGUGAUCAUCAAAAGGUUAUUAAACUGGACGAACUUAUAACCAAAAAGUCCGGGUUCCAGCGUUCUUGGAGUGUAACCGGUCAAACUUAUCCAAGGAAAUUGGAUAGUGAAAUAAUGAACGUAUUGUCAAGUAUGGGAGCAACCGUUCAUAAAAUAUGCACUGACAUACGACUACUGAGUAGUUUUCACGAGGUUGAGGAACCUUUUGAAACUGAACAGAUCGGUUCAAGUGCAAUGCCGUACAAACGUAAUCCUAUUCGUUCAGAAAGAGCAUGUUCUUUAGCACGUUACCUAAUGCAUAUAUCAACUUCCAUCAUUUCUACAGCAUCUGUUCAGUGGCUUGAACGUUCACUAGAUGAUUCAGCUAUUCGUAGAAUUGUUCUUCCAGAAGCUUUUCUUGCAGCGGAUGCAUGUAUUAUUUUAUUACAAAAUAUAGUUGAAGGAUUAGUAGUAUACCCAAUGGUAAUGGAGGCUAAUUUAAAUGCUGAGCUCCCUUUUCUUGUUGUUGAACGUAUUUUAAUCAAAAUGGUGUCUGAAGCCGCAGCUGACCGUCAGAAAUGCCAUGAACGCCUUCGCAAGCAUAGUCAUGAAGCUGCUGCAGAAAUCAAACUAAAGGGUUUAAAAAACAGUCUUCUGGAUAAAUUACUCAACGAUGAUUAUUUCACUCCAAUACAUUCGUUACUUCCAACUAUUUUAGAUCCAUCUUAUAUGAUCGGUCGCGCUGUUGAACAGGUGGAAUCAUUCUUAAACACCGAAGUUGAUCCAGUACUGUGCUCAUACAAAGAUUGUUUAGAAGGAAGCAGCAAUAUAACAAUUUGAUCUAAAAGCUUUCCAAAUAAUCACAUCUUUCUUGACAUCGUUAAAUGAUUAAUUUUUAUUAUGAAUUUUCACUGUUUUUCUAGUUCUUUUUAUUUUAAUAUAUAUUUGAUUUUGUUUCUUGUUUCAGUAAUAUCCAUUGGUUGAGUGCAAUUUUUAUUUGAUUUUCAUGAAAUUAAUUGUUAGGAUUCCCUGAUAUAAUGGCUGAGUGUUAAUUAGCCAAAUAAUGGUUAAAUUGUUUAAGUUAUCAAAUAUAGCUCUGUUAAUUA